UCACCAACGAACCAACUUUUGAAAGCAGCAAAUAUCAGUAAAUUACUCAAGCAAGAUGGCUGAACCACAACCGAAGAGCGUACACGAAGGCGCCGGAGAUGUCGAAGAUGAGGUCCAGACUACCGCGAAGUCGGCAGAGGAUAGAAAGGCAGCGGCCGCAAUGGCUAGCCUCGAUGCGCGGGGAGAUGAUGCGGGUUCGGGCAGCGCCGUCGAUCAAGAAGCUGCCAGCAAAGCUAUAAUGAGUCUCGGGAAUGGAACUCCUGGUGCUGAUAAGAAGGAGGUCAAGAAGGUGAAGGUAGACGCUGCUGAUGUCUCAUUGCUGGUCGACGAAUUAGAUCUUACUAAAGUUAAGGCAACUGAACUGCUUAAGGCGCACGACGGCGACGCGGUGUUGGCCAUGAAGGCUUUUAUUGCUACAUGAGAAUGAUUACGAAUGGGGAGUCAGCAAAAGGCAAAUUCCGAAUUUUCGCAUAAGAGGCGUCAUGGUCAUGGCUGCAUGGUUUUGGCAGUGAUAGAAAAAAUUGAUAUACCCAACUGCUCAGUUUCACGGGGAAUACCACGCUUUUCGAGGGCUACCUAGUGAAUGAAGGCCUCUUUGUUAUACUCUGGCUUAUUCAUAUCACUAAUGGUGUAUGCUGCAGGUAUUCGAGCUUCGACACCUAGAGCCGAAAGCAGAUGAUUGUCUUAGGAGCAAACAUUUAAAUCCGACGAGGGAAUUAAGGACCCUCGGUCGGACGGCCAAAAUGUUCAACUACCUACUAGGUAGAUAUUAUAGACAUUACUAAUACAUCCAUUCUCCAAACACCGGACGAAUAUGGCCGUGUUUAUCUACGGCUCGAGUCCCUUACCGAUGAGGGUCAUUUGCUGCCGGGUGGUCAAGAACUCGGCUUUAAACUCACCCUUACUUCAUUAUCAAAAAUUUUAGAAAUCCUAACACCAUACUUAGACCCAAUUUCCUGCACUGAAUAGAGU